AUUAAGUGGAAUUUGAUGAGAAGAGUUUGUUUUCCUUCCCCAUUUGUUUAUUCAGUCCUUGGCUGUGUGGACUCCUGUGCACUUACUUCAUACUUCGUGCCUUCGGUAGCAUGUUACUUGUUUGGUUCAGGUGGCUGCAGCCUUGGGGACUCUCUCAGGACUGGCUGUUGGAGCUUUGUGUCCGUUGAAGAUUUGCCCCUGGCCCUAAGCACAAAGGCUGAUUCGGCUGCGGCUGUGACUUACUCGAAGCCUCGACUGGCCACGUUCUGGCACUACGCCAAGGUUGAGCUGGUUCCUCCGACCCCGGCCGAGGUCCCUGCCGCGAUCCAGAGCUUGAAGCAGAUGGUCAGGAGCGCCCAGACCGGCGGCUUCAAGCAGCUCACCGUCAAGGAGGCUCUGCUGAACGGCGUGGUGGCCACUGAGGUGUGGAUGUGGUUUUAUGUCGGCGAGAUCAUAGGCAAGCGCGGCAUCAUUGGCUACGAUGUUUGAGGACCAAUCCUGGACAUCUGUGUAUAUCUGGUGUGUUGCCCGAGUGGUUUCGGACCAUGUGUGAUCAGACUGGUAUCUGAAUAAAACAAGAUCAUGUCUCAGAA